AUGACGAAACACGUUUCACACUUCCUUCACUUUCCCUGUCCGCAUCAAAAGCCUCCAUUUUCUUUUUCUUUUUUGUCUGUAAGUGUAACGUACGUGGCAGAUGAUUUUCGAGGCUGCUUUUUUUCUUUUUUUGGUUUUACCUUUUCUUCCACUUCUGUUCACUGGUCAAUUGAGUUCUUUAACCGCGGUUUUCUGCCUCGGUUUCUUUCACUUCACCAAUCUCUUUCUGUAGCUCUUCAAACCAAAACCCAAGUGCUCGAUUUUCACUUCUGGGUGUUCCAGGCUUUCGUUUAUGUCUAGGUAGUGUUCAAAAAAUUGGAGGAAUGACCCGAAGGGUGAGGCAAAAAGGGUCCCAAUCUAAUGAGAAAAGCAAAGAUAUAAUAGAAAGUAAUUCUGAAAUUUCAGCUGCAGAAUGUUGCACUUCUGAUUCCAAUUGUAAUGUUGAUUGGACAACCUUGCCUGAUGAUACUAUGAUCCAACUCUUUUCUUCUUUGAACUACCGGGACCGAGCAAGCUUGUCAUCAACAUGUCAAACAUACAGGCUUUUAGGUUCUUCUGCUUGUUUGUGGGAUUCUUUGGAUCUCCGGUGCCAUAAGUUCAAUAGUUCGGUAGCAGAAGCACUGUCAUCUCGAUGUAAAAAUCUCCAGAAACUUCGGUUUCGUGGAGUGGAGUCAGCUAAUGCAAUUAUCAGUCUUCAAGCUAGGGGUCUCCGUGGAAUAAGUGGUGAUUUUUGUCAGGAUAUGUCCGAUGCUACUCUUUCAAUGCUAGCAGCUCGGCAUGAUUUGCUAGAGAAUCUCCAACUUGGAUUGGAUGCGUGUCAGAGGAUCAGUAGUGAUGCAAUCGAAGCAAUUGCAUUUUGCUGCAAGAAAUUGCAACGGCUUCAGCUUUCUGGUGUCAAGAAAAUUAGUGGAUAUGCCAUAAAUACAUUAGCACAGCACUGUCCCCAGUUGGUGGAGGUUGAAUUUGUGGACUGUGAAAAUGUGGAUGUGGUGGCAUUAGGAAACCUGAGUUCUGUUCGAUAUUUAUCAGUGGCUGGGGCAAGAAACCUGAAAUGGGAUUCUGCUUCACAAGUAUGGAGUAAACUGCCUAACUUGUUGGGGUUGGAUGUGUCAAGAACUGAGAUAAAUUCAGCUGCUGCUGGAAGAUUGUUUUCAUUGUCCCAAAACUUGAAAGUCAUGCUUGCCUUGAAUUGUCCAAUUUUUGAAGCAGAAGUUAGCAAUAUCUCAGCAUAUAAUAGGAAAGAUAGAUUAUUGUUUGCCCUUUUCAAUAACAUUAUUGAGGGAUUAACCCUUUUAUCUUCUGAUAAAACUGAAAACAAGAGAGAAUUGUUUUCUUAUUGGGGGAAAUUGAAAAAUAAGGAUAAGAGAUUGCGUGAGAUCAUCUGUUGGAUUGAAAGGGUUCUCUCACAUUCACUUUGGCAUAUUGCGGAAAACAGCCCAAGGACAUUUGAUGAUUUCUGGUUGAAGCAAGGGGUUUCACUAUCACUCUGUUUACUGCAAAGCUUGCAAGAGGAUGUUCAAGAAAGAGCCACAACAACAAUAGCAACUUUCCUUGUUGAUGAUGAUGAAAUUGCUACUGUUAAUCGUGGAAGGGCUGAGGCAGUUUUGCAAGAUGGAGGAAUAUUACUCCUUUUGGACCUUGCAAGAUCUUGUCGAGAGGCACUUCAGUCUGAAGCAGCAAAGGCCAUAGCAAAUCUGUCAAUGGAUCCGAGGGUUGCAAAAGCUGUUGCUGAAAAUGGGGGAAUCAAUGUUCUUGUCAAACUAGUGAUGUCAAUGAACAAAUUUGUUGCUGAAGAAGCUGCUGGAGGGCUAUGGAAUCUUUCUGUGGGAGAAGAACACAAGAGUACAAUUACUGAGGCAGGUGGUGUAAAAGCUUUAGUUGAUCUUAUUUUCAGAUGGCCCUCUGAUGGUGAUGGUAGUCUUUGUCAAGAACAUGCAGCUGGUGCCUUGGCAAAUUUGUCAGGUAAUUAUAAAUGUAGCUUGGCGGUGGCAGAAGCAGGUGGUGUCCAUACUUUGCUGAUGCUUGCUUAUUCCAGCAAAGCUGAAGGAGUGCAAGAACAGGCUGCUCGUGCAUUGGUUAACUUGGCUUCUCAUGGAGAUAGUAAUACCGAUGAUAACUCUUCUGUUGGACAAGAUGCUGGUGCACUUGUAGCAUUGGUUCAACUUACUAGUUCACAACAUGAAGGUGUAAGGCAAGAAGCUGCUGGUGCUUUAUGGAACUUAUCAUUCGAUGAAAAAAAUCGAGAAGCAAUUGUAGCAGCUGGUGGUGUUGAGGCUUUGGUUGCUUUGAUACAGUCUUGCUCAAAUUUCUCCCAAGGUCUUCAAGAAAGGGCUGCAGGUGCUCUCUGGGGAUUGUCAGUAUCAGAAGCUAAUAGCAUUGCUAUUGGACAAGAAGGUGGGAUAGCACCCCUCAUUGCUUUGGCACACUCUGAUAUUGAAGCUGUCCACGAAACUGCCACAGGAGCUCUUUGGAAUCUGUCUUUCAAUCCUGGUAAUGCCGUUCGUAUAGUGGAGGAUGGGGGAGUUUCUGUUCUUGUUCAUCUAUGUUCUUCAUCAACAUCUAAAAUGGCACGUUACAUGGCUGCAUUGGCAUUGACAUACGUUUUUGAUGGGAGAAUGGAUGAAAUUGUUUUGGUGGGAUCUUCAUCAGAGCGUAAUUCAAAGACUCUGAACCUAGAUGGGUUAAGGAGAUUGGCCUUCAAGCAUAUUGAAGAAUUCUUGCAUACAUUUACUGAUACACAAACCUUUUCCACAGUAGUUACUUCAUUAUCCCUAACAACUCUAGCACAUGUUGCAGAAGCAACACACAUACAAGAAGCACGGCAUCUGAGAUGCAGUGGAGCUGAGAUUGGAAGAUAUAUCGCCAUGUUACAAAAUUCUUAUUCCAUACUCAAGGCUUGUGCUGCAUUCGCCCUUUUCCAGUUAACCAUGCCAAGAGGACGUCAUGCAAUGCAUCAUACAAGUCUUCUACAAAAUGGAGGGGUAGCAAGAGUCUUACGUGUUACUGCUGCAGCUGCUAAUUCUACUUUGGAAACAAAAGUUUAUGCAAAACUUGUACUUAGGAACCUUGAGCUCUGCCAUUCAGAUGCUUCCAUAAGUUCUAUUUGUGAGUGAGAGAAUUUUGGGACAUGAGCAAACGGAAGUCUUUUCUGAGACCGUAAGUUUAUUAUGACAGGAGCAAAGGUUUUGAAACUGUACCCUCUUCACUCUUUAGAUGGGUUUUUCAGCUUACAGGGUUUUCCUGCAACAGCUAACCAUCAUAACACUUCAUCAUAUCUCAUAAAUCCUUUUUUCUUUAGUUUUUUUUCUUUGGCAUCAAUGUUUUUCUGAUAAGAUCUCUCAUCAGUAUUAUGUGUUAGCUAAAAUAAAGGGGUUAGUUUUCUCU